CUCUUCGAUGUUAAGGAUUAAGUUAUAAACAGAAAUCCAGAAACUAUAAUCUUCUCGGUGUCCUCAAGCAGAGAUUGGGGGAGGGAAAAGAGGACAACUGACUGUGUCCUUCGGUUUCUUUCUGAUUAUGACGGCGCUUCAUUCGAAUCAAGGGCACAUUUGACCCCCUUAUCCAGAUAGGCCCUUUUGUAUGAUGUACUUUAAAAAUCUGUUUUAAUGUAUAUUGUCAAUAUUGAGAUCGGUUGUAGAGUAUCGUUAGUAGCAGAGAGGAAAUUUCGCCUUCUCUCUCUAUUAAGCCGAACUUGAGCAAAGCUUGGAACACACGGAUGCAGUUCGAUAGUAUACGUAAGUGGAAGGAGUAAUUCUCGUUGGCUUCCGUCUUCAUUGUCCUCAAACCGACCACCUGGCCAUUCCGGCUGUGCGCAGGCUCUGGCCCUACUCCGGCUACUCCUUUCAUCGUGCAAACUUUCGCCACGCUUUCUCAUUCUCUUUGCUGUCUCUUCUCUUUGUCUGUCGCUUAGGUUCGGGUUCGGAGUUCGGACAAGUUCGUACCGUUCGUAUCUGCGCUAACCUGCACCUGCACUGCACUGGAUGCAUUGUGUGUGUUCCAGUUAGCAAAUGUCUCGUAUCUCCUAUCAUAUCUGAGUGUAUCAAUAAAAUAAGUGUUUCAAUAAUUUAAAUAAUGGGGAAGCACGAAGUCGGAACUCCAAAAUACAUUGCCAACAAAAUUAAGGCAAAGGGCUUGCAGAAGCUGAGAUGGUAUUGUCAAAUGUGUCAAAAGCAGUGCAGAGACGAAAAUGGAUUUAAAUGUCACACAAUGUCAGAAUCUCAUCACCGGCAACUACUACUGUUCGCUGACAAUGCAUCCCGCUAUAUGGAUCAAUUUUCAAAGGAGUUUUCCCAUGGUUAUUUGAAUUUAUUGAAGAGACAAUUUGGUACUAGAAGAGUACCAGCUAAUCGUGUCUAUCAAGAAUACAUCUCUGAUAGAGGACACAUACACAUGAAUGCUACAAUCUGGCUUACACUUACUGCAUUUGUAAAAUGGCUUGGACGUACUGGACAAUGCGUCGUCGAUGAGACAGAGAAAGGGUGGUACGUAACUUACAUUGAUAGAGAUCCAGAAACAUUGGCAGCUCAAGAAAGGAAAGCUAAAAAACAAAAGAUGGAUAAGGACGACGAAGAGAGGAUGAUGGAAUUCAUUGAGAAACAAGUGGAGAAAGGUCAAGAAGCUAGCGGACCAUCUGAAACCGUUAAGGAACCUCUGGUGCGACCUGAAGAUGAUACGCCUUUGGUUCUUAAUAUAAAAUUAAAUAAGAAACCAAAAGUACUUCCUAUUAUAAAACAGGAGAAGAUAGAUAGAAGUUCUAUCAGUGAAUCAACUUCUACGAUUUCCAUAAAAUCUGAGAAGCUGAGUGAAGAUGAAACGGAUACAGGAACAAGUCUUGUAAAAUCAGAAAAACGUAAAUAUGAACACGACGAUCGUGACAAAGAUGAGGAAGGAUGGCUGAGAGAGGGUUUAAUGGUGAAAAUAAUCACGAAAACUCUCGGAACCAAAUAUUAUAAAUCAAAAGGAGUAGUUCAAUCUACUGAGAAAUCGAAAUUCGUUGGGAAGGUGAAAUUAAAGUCUCCGGAGGAAGUCGAGAGUCAUGUUAUAAAAAUAGAUCAGGAGCAUUUAGAGACCGUGAUACCUGCCAUUGGGAAAGAAGUAAUGAUUCUUUGGGGGAGACAUAAGGGCAUGAGCGGUGUUGUACAUAAACUUCACAUAGAAGAUUACAGUAUAGAUAUAAAAUUGGAAAGGGAUGGGACCGUUGUUAGAAAAUUACCAUACGAACAAGUCUGUAAAUUUGUGAUGUGAAUGUCUAUAUAUGAGUAAGAAUAGAAUGGCAAAAUUAAAUAGAUACGUUUUAUCUAUGA